AUGCAUUCCGAUUUGGAGUACAUAUAUGAGCAGUAUGUUGAGUCAUCCAACGACUCAUCGAACAAGGAGGAGUACUCCGAUGAGACGGCGAUGAUGCAGGUGGUCCUUGAAGACACGGAGCAUGCGAAUGAGCAUGUUCUCAGUUUUAAGGGCUCGAUCAAGGGACAUCGCGUGCUCAACCACAACAGGGCAUGCGACCAUUUGACACUGAUGGCCGCCUACUUUGCCCAUGAUGCACUAUUCGCUGACCAUUUUCGACGGUGUUUUCAGAUGAGCAAGACUGUCUUCGAUCGUUUGUACCAUGGCUUCUGGUCCUAUGAUGACUACUUCAUCCUGAAAAAGGACGUCGUGGGAACGAUUGGCUUCUCUGGUUACCAAAAGUGUGUGGACGCAGUCCGGAUGCUUGCAUAUGGCAGGGUCGCUGAUUCAUGGGUCGAAUACCUACGGAUAUCUGAGAGCACAUGCAGAGAUGCCAUGGUCAGGUUUGCAACUACCGUGGUCGAGGUGUUUGGACCUCAGUACUUGAGAGAAUCAACCGUGGCAGACACCAAGAGGCUCUUGGCAAUCUCAGAAGCUAGAGGGUGGCCAGAUUUACUUGCAUCUCUUGACUGCAUGCAUUGA